AUGACUAUGUCUACAUAUACUAGUAUUCCUUUUGGGAGGAGUUAACAAAAUCUGAAAGUCCGAUGUCGUCAAGUGAAAGGAAUAGGAAUACAACGCCAUUGUUGUUGAUCCUACUGUUGAUUGCACAACUUGUUCCGUGUUUUUGUUACCUCAAUCCUCAUCUUCUUCAUCGUUCUUCCGCCACCAACACCUAUUUAACUACCCAAUAUCAAUGGUUCAAUCAAACUCUUGAUCAUUUUUCCCCUUAUGACCAUCGACAGUUUCAGCAAAGAUAUUAUGAGUUUCUGGACAACUUCCGUUCCCCUGAUGGACCAAUAUUCUUAAAAAUUUGUGGUGAAUCUUCAUGCAAUGGGAUAUCCAAUGACUAUUUAAGUGUUUUAGCUAAGAAGUUUGGAGCUGCUAUUGUUUCCCCUGAGCAUCGGUACUAUGGCAGGAGCUCCCCCUUCAAUUCGCAUACUACAGAAAAUCUUAGAUACCUUUCUUCUAAGCAGGCGCUUUUUGAUUUAGCAGCAUUCCGCCAAUAUUAUCAGGACUCCCUAAACCAGAAGCUCAAUAGAUCAAAUUUUGAAAAUCCAUGGUUUGUGUUCGGUACCUCGUACGCUGGAGCUCUUAGUGCUUGGUUCCGCCUAAAGUUUCCUCAUUUGACAUGCGGAAGUCUUGCUAGUUCUGCUGUGGUUCUGGCUGUUUACAACUUCACAGAGUUUGAUCAACAGAUAGCUACCUCUGCUGGCCCAGAAUGUAAAACUGCAUUGCAAGAAGUUACUCAACUUGUUGAACAAAGAUUGAACUCAAACCCGAAGGCAGUAAAGUCAUCCUUUGGUGCAUCUGAGCUAACAAUUGACGGGGACUUCCUGUAUUUUCUGGCUGACGCUGCUGUUAUUGCUUUUCAGUACGGCAAUCCAGACAAGUUGUGCACUCCUCUUGUUAAAGCGAAGAAUGAGGGUCAAGAUCUGAUGGACGCUUAUGCCUCAUAUGUAAAGGACUAUUUUUUUGGAAGCUUUGGUUUCAGUGUUGAAACAUAUAACCAGGAAUACCUGAAGAACACUGCUCCUGGUAGUUCUGAUAGACUGUGGUGGUUCCAAGUUUGCAGUGAAGUUGCAUAUUUCCAGGUAGCACCUGCAAAUGACAGCAUUCGUUCAUCUAAAGUCAAUACAAGAUAUCAUUUGGACCUUUGCAAGAAUGUCUUUGGAGAUGGUGUGUACCCUGAAGUUGAUGCAACUAAUCUAUACUACGGAGGCACAAAGAUUGCUGGCACCAAGAUAGUUUUUACAAAUGGCUCUCAAGACCCUUGGCGACAUGCAUCCAAACAGACUUCAUCUCCUGGCAUGCCUUCUUAUGUCACCACUUGCCACAAUUGCGGCCAUGGGACUGACUUGCGGGGCUGCCCUCAAGCACCAUUGAGUAUUGAAGGUGAUGACAAAAGAUGUAGCUCUCCUGAUGCCGUUAACAAAGUGAGACAACAGGUUAUGGAGCACAUAGAUCUUUGGUUGUCUGAGUGCCAAGAUGCUGCUAGGGGCUGGAGCUCUUUAUAGUGUGCUGAUCUCUAUAUAGUUUGAAAUGUAUUUAUGUAAAACCAAUCUCAGUCAUGAAAGUAUUAGAUUUGUCAAAGAUAUGCGAUAUCUAUCCAAUCUAAGCCUACUAUUACGCAGAAUGACCUCUCUUCAUUCUCUGAAAUAACGCCCACAUCAUCUCACGGCUUCCAGUAAGACUGUAACUUGAUUGUAAUGCUUUUUCUGAUAGUAUAAUGUAAAGUAAUGGUGUACUAGUGUGGGAGCAGAUGCAAUGACAAGAAUUGUGCAAAAAAAAUAAUACUCUCUUUUCUUUGGCAAGUUUACUAUUGGAUUACACACGUAAGUUCUAAUGUGAAAUGCAACUUUUCUUUUAUAAUUCA